UGUACAAAUUAAGUAAUGCUCGUGUGUCGUUCGUAUGUGCUAAGUAAGUAAAUAUUGACCGUUUGAUUAAAUGUCAGGCUCCAGAUCCCCUAUCUGAUCCCCAUUCUCUAGUCUUCAUCUCCAUUUCAGGAAACAAUCAGUCCAUAGUAUCCUACUCCGACUGAAACCAACGCCACAAGCGCAUUGAAACAAUUUUAGCUGCUGAAAAACUUAAGAACGAAAAAGCUGAUAUCAAGGCUCAUCUCAGCCACAUUGUCCAGAAUGCAUGAUGUGCUGUUGUAGCUACAGAGGUUUUGUUGCUUUGCCUAGUACUUGUAACCAUUGCCUAUGACAAGAACUGUACCAAUUCCAUUCGGGUCAUUGGAUAGAAUUUUCCCUUUGGAGGGACAUUAUGGCUAGCACAGUUGAUAGACAUGAUUGUCUAGAUAGUGAUGAAAUCUCAGAUGAUGGAACUCUUGAAGUUGGUGAAGAAUGUGAAGACGUAGAAGAUGGGCUGUUGCCAAACUGCAAUUCGCAUAAUGUUGUUAAUAAUACAAUGAUUUUGACUGAACCAUCAAUAGAAAAUUUAAGUGCAAACAGUUUGGAUUUGGAACCAUCUACUGGGAUGACUUUUCCGUCAUUAGAUGAUGCAAGGGAUUUCUAUUAUGACUACGCCAAGCAGAUAGGUUUCACCAUACGAACCAAUCGGAUCAGGCAUUCACUAAAGAACAUGGAAGUUAUAGGACGUGACUUUGUUUGUUCUAGAGAAGGUUUUCGUGCUGCAAAGCAUGCACUGAGAAAAGAUAGAGUUCUUCCUCCUCGGCCUAUUACUAGGGAAGGAUGCAAAGCCAUGAUAAGGUUGGCGGCAAGAGAUGGUGGAAAAUGGGUAGUUACCAAAUUUGUCCGAGAGCACAACCACAAGUUAAUGACUCAUUGUAAAAUUCCUGGAGAAUUGCCAACCAUAAAUAUACUCAAUGAGGAGGAGAAGGAUAAGAAAAUCAAGGAUUUAUAUGAUGAGCUGCAGCAUGAAAGACAACGAUCUGCAGUGAUUCAACAAGAGCUACACAUGAUUCUUAAAGAUCUUCAAGAACAUGCUGACUUUAUGUCUACUAGAGUUCAAGACAUAAUUAACAGCUUGAAAGAAAUCGAACUUGGCAAUCUAUAGUUCGGAAUGCAACUUUUAAUCGGAUAGAAUAUUCAUGCCAAAUUAGAGCUGGGCAAACUCACCACUCUGGAUUUGCUUUGAGGUUGAGCAUGUAUCUCAUUGGCCUGAUACGACCUGCGAAUCUGUUGAUAUAUUUCCAUACUAAUCUGAGUGGACAAAGAUGACCGCGGCAUGUUACUUGAAUUUUAGUAGCAAGCUAUUCUCUAAUCUAACUGCUCAACUGGGUCUAAGGUAGACAAAUGCCUUCUCUCUACCCCUUUUAUUUUUCUUUGUUUUCUUUUUUGCUUUUAUUUCACUGAAGUUGCCCUCUGUUUGCAGUUACAUUUUUUUGGUCCAUAGUGAGAUUGUAAUCGUUUUAGUGCUCCAGCUUCUUCUUGGAGCUUAUGUUGCUUCUUCACCUCAUUGCAGGAGGAUAAGCCUGUGUUUUUAUGUUUAUUGGAAUUAAAUAUUUCAAAAUGCAGAUUACAUAGAAGGAUUAGCUUAUUCUGAUGGGAAACAAAUCAAUAUCUUUAGACUCUACUAUAUGUAGAGAAUGUAUAUAUAGUCAUUCUUCAUUCAGUUGAACAGCUUUUCAAAUAAUCUCCAACUGCUAAAUUAAACAAUUAAUAAUUAAGUGAUUUAUCAUCA